AUGCACUCUUCGGGCGAUUCACUCUGCGACACCUCGGCCAGUUGGUUGGAAAUUGCACAGAUAUGCGAAGAUGUGCUCAACGUAGACCUCUCCCUAAUGGACCCCUCGGACUUAGAGCAGCAGCGAAUAUCUGUUACUCCAAGUACCGAUCUGAGUUUGAAAGCGAGUGACUACAACGAGGACCCACGAAAAACGUUCGAUAGUGGGGAAUCUUUGUUCGACUCAAGUGAUCAAUUUGACCAGUGUAUCACAGUCCUCGAUGAUGCAGUUGCACGUUUGGAUGUCAUCGAGCAUACCAUGGAUGAAACGAUUGAAUCACUGCAAAAUUGUUACUCGUCGUUGAUCGCAUCAGGUCAGGUUGUUUGCAAGCUUCGAGAAGAAGCCAAUUCGAUAAAUAUUAUCGAAAGUCACAUCGCCACGUUCUCUGAGCAAUUGGCUUACCCAACGAGCCUGCAAUCAUACAUAGAAGAAUCGAACCCACACUCCGAUGAGUUCAAAGAUGCUUUGAAGACGCUCUCAUCAAAGCUAUCUUUCGUGCGUCUUAACGCCAACACUUACUUAAAUCCUUGCGAAAGCGCUAGGACACAUUUGGACGGCUUAUUACAACUAGCUUUGUACCGAAUCAAGGAUCGCUUAUCACUGAGUAUCCAACUGUUGGAAGACCCCGCAUCCAAUUUUGAAAUACUUCGGGAUGCGCUACUAUUGAAUCAGAAGGAACUUUUAGAGUUUCUGAGGAAUCAUGAACCAAUCUCCUUCAAUGAGGUCGUCCAGCAGUAUAUACGUUUAUCAACCACGAAGACACGAUCGAGUAUUGAAGAUUAUUGCAGGUUGUUCCCAUCAGAGAAUCUCGAAGAGUGGCCCUCUCAUGAAUUGCUUUCCCUUGCGCAAGGCCUAAACAAGAAGUUCUCAGAUAUGCUGACUGUAGUAUGGAAUCGACCCUCUUCAGCAACUCUGGGGCAUGCAAAUGUUGCUGGAAAGACGACUGUACAGACACAAGUGAUGUUACAGCCCAAGUUCUUUGCAGGCUGAAGGCAGCAGCGCAAAGGUGGUCCAUGGCUUUCGAUCGCAUGGCGGCGCCAUCCUUUACAGUUUCUGAAGUUGCAAUCAUGGGACGAGACUUUCAUCCAGUUCUGGAAGAAAUACUUCACCAUUGCACACGAUUCUUUCUAGAACGCUUCGAUAAAGAGAGCGCGUUUCUCG